AUGGCUCGAAUAGCUCCCUGCAAGCAAACUGCAGCAGCGAUUUCAGUGGUGUCUGUACUGGUACAUUAUUAUUUUUUUCAUGUGCCAUCGCGAUCUCGGGACGUUUUUUGUUGCAUUCAUGUUCAACGUCUCGUGUCGUGGCAGAACGCGCCACCACUUAAUUAGAACUUGAGCGUAAAAAAUCCAAAAUCUAAGAACUCAGAUGCUCAAGGAAAACUAAACUAAAACCUAUACAGUCGCUAUGGGGGUACCCCGUAGACAAAACAAGAACAAGCAUCGACCAAAAAAAAGGUUUUGUGGUGGCGCGUUCUGUACCCGCUUUGAUCCACGACUGACUACCGAUACGUCUUGCUUUUGCUGCAACAGUACUCGACAUUUUAAGCAUAGGAUAAAAUAAUAACAGGUCAAGACACACGAUGCACAUCACAGACAAAUAAAGCCUCCCUUGUCCUCUCAAAAACGGCACUCAACCAGUUGCAAUACUCUCCAUCCCGCUCAAGCCGGCAAUCUUUGCAAUAUAUGUGCUCCACGAAUGGCAAAAAAUUACCGUGUACCGUAUGAUGUUCUUUCCCGUCCACACGCAAUGCGUGGUUGCGCCCUCCCCGCCUGCCGGACGAAAUAUCAACUAUAUCCGUUCCAACUUACGCACGUGCCUACCGGUUGGAUAUAAUCGCAGAAGUAAACCACCGCAUCGCGAUAUUGCGCUGGAACCUGACGAAUACUCUGACCAUAGGCAAUAUACGGCUGGGACAUAGUCAACCGCCACACAAAGCACCGCGCCCGAGAGUGUUCCCAACAGCUUCGCGACCCCGCGCGGAAGCUCAACUUCAUAAUAAAGAAGGAAUGAGUGCUCACAACACUCAGACAUCACCUCUUGUCGUCGACGAAUAGGCUCGAGGUCGGCAACGUCGAAGUGCACGUCUUCGAGCAGGGUCUCUUCACGAUGAGGGUUUCCCUUCCCGUCCACAAAUGUGGAGAGGAAGCGCAUGAUCUCGGGGUUCCCAUACUCUGUGAGAGUGGCGGAGCCUGGCGACGAGGGCGCCAUGCCCUGGCGUGCAGCAUGUUGCACAAAAAUUGUGGCCGAACGUAACGAAGGGAAGGGCAAGUCACGGGUAGGCCGAUGGGGUGAUGAGCCAAAGAAGCAUGCGUAUUCCGUUAAUUGCGUAUCUUCCGACGUACGUCCAUGAUGCGAAAGAUCAUUUCUUUACUGCGACGGACGUGAGGCAAGCUGUAGAAUACCGAAAGACGUGGCUGUAGCUAUUUUGCGUUCAUCCCUGGAGGCUGGGUAAUCUUUGAUCCCGACAACGAAUACCCCGAGGGUGGUGGGGUGGUUUCUCAAUUUUGCGGAUUAAGAACACCGGGAGGAGAUUUCAACGUGUUUGCCACUUUUCCGGUCGAAUGGGCGGGGUUUCUGAGAGGGUGUGUUGAAACGACAACAUACUUUUCUGGUAGCUCCUGAGGCAUUCUUUAAUUACUUCCCGCUGGUUCUAUCAACAGCACAGUUGGUUUUGUGUUCUCUUCACGGUACUAGGUCACACAGUAGAAGCAUGAGUAUCCUCCACUUCCAGCGAAAGUAUCAAUAGGGAUAAGCACCCCCUUCCCUAUACUUUUCCAGAAGUGCGUCUUGCAGCGUUGAGGAAAAAGCGAUGGAUCGGAAAUCGGGAAACAUUAAAUGCAGCGGGAUGACUCCUGGCCUAGGCGUGGGAAAAAAUCAAAGUUGCCCAUGGCACCUUUUAGGCCUCGGUUGGUAGUGUUCAGGGCAAAUCUGCCAGGUGAAAUGAAGUACAACCUGCAAACAUCCAUUCUGUCACCUGCGCAAGGGAGGACUCGUGAAGCAAGUCCUGUCCCAAAAGGCGCCUUUUCGCCAAUAGGCACUCGACGAAGCCAGGCGUUCCUUGGUGAAUCGCCACAUCAUGUCCCUAGGGUGCUAGAAAUAGCAACAAGCAACACAGGGCGCGCCCCUGAACAAGAAUAAUAGGAACAUGCGGCUGUGUAAGACCACAUCUGCACUCGCUACCAAGGACACAAUCACCUCAUCACCCAAACGGUUCAUGUCACAAGCACAGUUGAAGAGACCCCGAACAGGCUGACUUCUUCCAUCGAAAAAACACAAGGCAACAGCGGGUACUGCAGUAGCAACGUUACCUCCACUCGUCGCUCACAUGUGCUUCA